AUGUUUGCAUUACUUCUUUUUAUUGCUUGUAUAAAUGCACAACCAUUUAUGAAUAUGUAUGGACAACAACUCCCAUAUGCAGAAGAACAAGACGCCUUCAGAGCUGAACAAGUACUUCAUGGAUUAAAUAUGAAAUAUAUGCAACUUCGUGAUGAACUUUAUAGAACAACAUUUAGAUUAAGAGGAACUCAAAGAAGAAGAUAUUUCUCAUCAUCUCCAAUUGAACUUUAUGGAUCAGAACACACAGUCCAAUUCCUCAAACUUAAAGAAUUUAGAUUACGUAGAACUAUUGCUAUCAUUCUCAAACAAAUGGCUACAGUUCUUACUUCAAUUAAUAAAAAUGAUAGAAAUAUGGUUGUUAUGCAUUUAGGUCUUCCAAUGUCAACUAUUAAUGCUAUGAAACAAGCUAUCAAAGCUAAAGUACCAGAAGUUCCUCAAGACAUUCCAUUAGUUGGACCUCAAACUCCAUUUGGGUUUAGACCAUAUUAUUAAAUGUUAUUGAACCGUUUAAAUCA